ACUGUUGACAUCCACAAAGAAAAAGUGGCUCGUCGAGGAAUAGGCACCUUGGCUUCCAGUAAACCAACUGGACACAGACUUAAAAUCAUGGCUCCACCUGAACAAGAGAAGGCAGCAAGAUACAGCAGAAGAGCAAUUGAUCCCUCAGCAUUGGAUCAUUUGGGGCAUGGUGUCACCACAAGUGAACACUCAGAAAAACAACGCCAUCCAAGCUGUGAACUAAAGCCACAACAGCAAAUAGCAGAAAACAAGGGAAGCUUGCGGCAGAAGAUGCAGGGUGGAGGGGCGUCAAAGAGAAGACCACCUUCUAAACCUCCUGUAUCCCCACCAAUGGCCCCCUCUGUCCCUUACUCAGAGCAAGGACUGCCCCCACCCCCCUCUAUACCCUUCCCACCUGCAGGUCCAUUUCUGCCUCCUGAUGACGAUGUCAUUGUUCCUCCCCCUCCUCCUCCUCUGGGAGAUCUGUCUGCUCCAUUGGCUGUUGGCAUUCCAUCUCCUCCACCCCCUCCCGGUAUAGGAGGAGCAGUGCCUGUCCCACCACCACCCCCUGGCAUACCAUCUCCCCCAACCCCUCCCGGUAUAGGAGGAACAGUGCCUGCCCCACCACCACUCCCUGGCACACCAUCUCCUCCACCCCAUCCCAGUAUAGGAGGAACAACUGUUGACAUCCACAAAGAAAAAGUGGCUCGUCGAGGAAUAGGCACCUUGGCUUCCAGUAAACCAACUGGACACAGACUUAAAAUCAUGGCUCCACCUGAACAAGAGAAGGCAGCAAGAUACAGCAGAAGAGCAAUUGAUCCCUCAGCAUUGGAUCAUUUGGGGCAUGGUGUCACCACAAGUGAACACUCAGAAAAACAACGCCAUCCAAGCUGUGAACUAAAGCCACAACAGCAAAUAGCAGAAAACAAGGGAAGCUUGCGGCAGAAGAUGCAGGGUGGAGGGGCGUCAAAGAGAAGACCACCUUCUAAACCUCCUGUAUCCCCACCAAUGGCCCCCUCUGUCCCUUACUCAGAGCAAGGACUGCCCCCACCCCCCUCUAUACCCUUCCCACCUGCAGGUCCAUUUCUGCCUCCUGAUGACGAUGUCAUUGUUCCUCCCCCUCCUCCUCCUCUGGGAGAUCUGUCUGCUCCAUUGGCUGUUGGCAUUCCAUCUCCUCCACCCCCUCCCGGUAUAGGAGGAGCAGUGCCUGUCCCACCACCACCCCCUGGCAUACCAUCUCCCCCAACCCCUCCCGGUAUAGGAGGAACAGUGCCUGCCCCACCACCACUCCCUGGCACACCAUCUCCUCCACCCCAUCCCAGUAUAGGAGGAACAGUGCCUACCCCACCACCACCCCCUAGCAUACCAUCUCAUCCACCCCCUCCCAGUAUAGGAGGAGCUGCAGUGCCUACCCCACCAGCACCCCCUGGCAUUCCAUCUCCUCCACCCCCUCCCAGUAUAGGAGAAGCAGUGCCUGCCCCACCACCAUUCCCCAGUAUACCAUCUCCUCCGCCCCCUCCCAGUAUAGGAGGAGCAGUGUCUGACCUACCACCACCACCUUCGUCAAUGCUUGAUGGUGCAGCUCGAUUACCUGAACUAGAUUCCAUGAAUCCUUUACCCAUACCACCAGAGGAAGGGCUGUCAUUGACACCUAAAAACUACAUUGAAAAAGUGGUGUCCCUGUAUGAAUAUGAACGGCAGCUGGGCGAUGAGCUCACGUUUCAGGAGGGAGUUAUUAUAUAUGUGAUCAAGAAAAAUGAUGAUGGUUGGUAUGAGGGUGUCACAGAAGCAGGCGAAACUGGUCUCUUUCCUGAAAACUAUGUGGCUGUUUGCCUUUAACAUCUUUUAAAUGGGCAUGAAGACCUAGAAGAAAAUUUUCAUUGUUAUAAAUAACCUGCAUAAUUUUGCAUGAACAUGCUUUUACUAGGGAUUCACGUACUGCUCAGUGGCUUUCAUUUGAAUAGCCACAACCAGGAUUUGACUUCAUCCACAGACUGAAAGUUAGGGCCACACUGUACAGCAUAAUCAAGAAAAAGUUCUGCUCAAUAGCUUUCAUCUCAGUCACUCAUUAGGCUUUCAUCAAAGACUUUAAACUUAGUACCACCUUAUACAGCAUAAUGAACAGCAAUGAAUGAAAGUACUGCCCAGUUGCUUUCAUUUGAACGGUCACACUAAGGGUUUCAUGUAUUUUUUAUUCAUUUUAAGCUUGUCAUUUGAGAAAUUUGCACAUUUUUAUAGUGUCCUAGAAAAAAUAAAGUACUGCAGAGUACCUUG